CUUGACUAUGGCGCGACAGAAGGCGAAAGCUCGCAAGACUCUGGCGAUUGCAGAGGAGAAUGAGUUUAAUGAAACUCAAGAGCAGGAUUGGUUGAGUCAACUUGGCGCUUCUCAAGGACAAUCAAGACGUCAUGAUACGAAAAGAAAAAAAGUAAAAUUGGCUUUAUCAGAAGAUGAACAAAACAGAAAGGCUUGUGAAUUGGUGAGAUAUAUGAUCAGUGUCGAUCACCAGAAAUAUCCUGUCAGACGAACAGAUCUUAUACAGGUUGUGAUGAAAGACUAUGCAGAUGGUUUUCCAGUAGUACUGGAAGCAGCGCGUGAGAAGAUGAAAAUGAUAUUUGGAUUGGAUAUUGUGGAGCUUAAAGCGAGAAGCAGCAAAUUCUAUAUUUUAGUGAAUUUGAUGUAUGGUGAUGCAUGGGAGGAAGCGAUAGACAGGUUCGAUGGUGGUUCAUAUGAUUGCUCUGAACUUGGUUUAUUGAGUGUCAUACUUGCUCUAAUAUUCAUGAAUCAUGGCUCAAUAGACGAACCUCGACUAUGGCAUGUCCUGAUGAGUCUGCAAAUAGAAAAGUGUGUAAACCAUGAAGUAUUCGGCCAAGUACACAAGCUCAUGGAUAAAUUUGUCAAACAGCUGUAUCUUGACAGUAGGAAGGUGACAGAAGGGGAUGCAAAGCACACGGCUUACGAAUGGGGUGCUCGAGCUAAAGAGGAGCUAGAUCCUGAGAUUAUUCUCAAUUUUGUUGCGGAUAUGCAAGGUGUCGAUCCUAUUGUGUGGAGGAACCAGUAUGAACAACAACUGUCAAGAGCCUGACAAGUAACUGAUGAGUGCAGACAUUAUAAUGCAAGCUACUACACGUACAAGAUAAUUAUAACAUUGGGUUACGAGAUGUUGAACAAGUUUAAUAGUGCAAUGUAAUGAGCAUAUCCAGCUACAUUUGACUUUAUAGAGUGUGUUGAGACUUCUAGAUUCUGUCUUCUUACUGAGAUAGCAUUCGCCAUAUAUGUUGGUCUGGUCCUCAAUUGAUUGUGUGGUUUACACCUCUUUCUUACUGUUGCACAUGUUAUUAUGUUUGACUAUUCAAUAUGAC